CUGGCGAUGCGGCGCUGAGCGGGGAGCGGCGGGGCGUCCCGGAGCGCAGCCAUGAAGUACAAGAAUCUUAUGGCAAGAGCUCUCUAUGAUAAUGUCCCCGAAUGUGCAGAAGAGUUGGCCUUCCGCAAGGGAGACAUUUUGACCGUGAUAGAGCAGAACACUGAAGGCCUCGAAGGAUGGUGGCUGUGCUCCCUGCAUGGCCGGCAAGGCAUUGUCCCAGGCAACCGCGUGAAGCUUUUGAUAGGUCCAGUGGUACAGGACAGUCCUUCCAGCCAAGAUAUGUCCAAUUCAGGACUGACACAUCAAUCCUUCAACCAACAGAAGAUCUAUCAAGUGCCAAGCUCACAUGCCUCAGCCCGGGACCCUGUCUACCAGGUGCCUCCCUCCCAUAUGAAUCAGGGAAUUUACCAAAUACCCACUGGACACGGUGUAGCAGGGCAAGAUAUCUACCAAGUGCCACCUUCCACGCAGAGAUGCCUUGACGGUCCACCUCUGACUAACAAGGUAGUGACUCCAGUCAGGUCAGGGCAAGGUUAUGUUUAUGAAUUCCCUUCCAAAUACCAGAAGGAUACGUACGAUAUCCCUCCUGUUCGCUCUCUCCAAGGGAUAUAUGACAUCCCCCACACAUCAGCGAAGGGGACUGCACAUCCAGUUCCCACCGGAGAUGCAAAAGCUUUAGGAGUCUACGAUGUGCCACCUGCCAAAGGAAUGUAUGCUGCACCCCCGUCUGCAUGCCGAGAUGACGUAGGCCUGAGGGAUAAUUUGCAGGAGUUUUCAUCUCCAGUGGGGAACAGUGCAAGACAAGAAGGAGUGUAUGAUAUUCCUCCUCCUAUCACCAAAACAACUGGGAAAGAACUGAUCAAGAAAUACACUUCUGAGGGCCUUGUAUUGACUGAUGGAGCGCCACACAAACAGAGUGUUUAUGACAUCCCCGUAAACCAUCAAAACCAUUUUCUUGGACAGCAAAUUGCACCUCAGAAAGAUGUUUAUGAUACCCCCAGGGGAAUUGCUUUCCCAGGACAACAGACAGGACUCAAUGAAAGUCUAGCCUCAGAGGGAAGAGAAGGUGUAUAUGAUGUGCCACCACCAAUGCUCCAAGACACUAAAGGCUUACAAGAUGUGACUGAUGGGAUGAAUAGGUUGUCUUUCUCUAGCACGGGAAGCACAAGGAGUAACAUGUCCACAUCUUCAACAACAUCAAAGGAUUCUUCUUUCUCAGCAACAACUGCACAGGACAAAAGACUAAUCCUUGAUCCAGACACUGCUAUAGAGAGGCUUUAUCAUCUUCAGCAGAUGGUGGAGACAGCAGUCAAUAACCUCAUGGCCUUCACUACAGCAGACUGGCGGUCUUACGGCUACAUGGAGAAACACAUCAAUGAAAUUCACGCUGCCGUGGAUAAGGUAGAGCAGUCACUGCUGGAAUACCUUCAGUUUGCAAAAGGAUCAGCAGCCAACGCUUCCUUUCUCUCCGAGAUCAGCCUCCAUAACAAAAUGAGAAGGGAGGUGCAAAGGCUGGAGGACUCUCACCAGAUCCUUACCCAAACCAGCCAUGACCUGAACAGCUACAACUGGUCCUUGAACGUUCUCGCUGUCAACAGACUGCAGAACAAGUGUGAUGACCUGGAUCGGUUUGUUAUGGUGGCAAAGACAGUGCCAGACGACGCCAAGCAACUGACCACCACCAUCAGCGUCAAUGCAGAGCUCCUGUUCAAACAGGGGUCAGGCAGCUCACGUUUCAGGAGCGUCCCAGAGAAUAUGAAUGCUCCUGAGUAUGCGUACAACAGUCCUCACGUGCAGCGUCGUGGAGAAAAAACACAGAGUCACUUCAGUUCUCUUCCUCCUCUCCUGAGUAAAGGUCAACAACCUCACAAUAUCGCUAACGAGAGCUCAGAAAAGAGCUGGAUGGAUGACUACGAUUAUGUUCACUUGCAGGGGAAAGAAGAAUUUGAAAGGCAACAGAAGGAACUACUAGAAAAAGAAAAUAUCAUCAAGCAGAGCAAAAUGGAGCUAGAACACCAUCAGAUCAAUCAGUUCCAGCGGCUGGAACAGGAGAUCACAAAGCCUGUGGAGAACGACAUUUCCAAAUGGAAGCCACCGCAGGCCCUGCAGACUGCCAACAGCACUAUUGCCUCCCACGACAGACAACCGCUUUUGUUCUAUUCUGACCAAUACGAGACUCAUUUCAAUUCCCUCCUCAACACCAUCGAUGCCUUUUUCAGUUGCGUCAGCGCUUCGCAGCCCCCCCGGAUCUUCGUUGCUCACAGCAAACUUGUCAUUUUGAGCGCCCACAAACUGGUGUUCAUCGGGGACACGCUCACGAGGCAGCUGACAUCCCAGGACAUACGCAACAAGGUGCGCAACUCCAGCGACCAGCUGUGCGAACUGCUGAAGAGCAUCGUGACGGCUACCAAGAUGGCGGCCUUGCAUUACCCACACACAGCAGCACUGCAGGAGAUGGUGAACCGAGUGACAGAGCUGUCCUACCACGCACAGCUGUUCAAACUCUCGCUCGUCCAGAUGGCAUCUUUAUGAAACAAAGCUGAACCCAACCCCGCGAACGGCAAGCUAUCAAAGAAACUGGAGUGUUUUUAUGUGGACAUCCCCAUUUACGUUGUGUAGAUAUGUUAUAUGAAAUGCUUUAAAUACGUUCUUAUGAGUUAGAGAAUCUAAUGAAAUCAGGGAUCUGGGAAAAUAUCUGGCUCUGUAUUAUGCUCCUACCAUACAGUUAGCUAUGUAUACCCUUCAUAUAUGUAUAUGUUGCUACACUCUUCAAAACAUCAUUAAGCACCUUAAAAAGUAUGCGUCGGGUAAGCAGUGCAUAUCUUUUGUAUAUACUGCUAUUUCUUCAGUAUAUUUAACUGCUGCACUCA